AUGGAAUACCUAGAACGUACUAUCUCCUACCUAACCACCAACCUCCACGCCCACGACCCCAAACUCUUCACCCGCCCCCAUGGCCUCGUCCCCGCCUUUACCACCGCCUCCCCCUCCCCCAGCCCACCGCCAACAAUCCCCAUGACCUCCCCAACAUGCGGCCCCAGCGGCUCCAUCAUGGCCGUGCAAUACACGCAGGAUGGCGCCGAUACCUUCCCAACACUAACCUGGACGCUGCCCUCUUCCCUGGACCCGGAACGCGUAAAAGAAUACCUGCUCGUGAUUCAAGACCCCGACGCGCCGCUGCCGAGCCCGAUUACUCACGGUGUUUUCUACGGUAUACCGCCGGGGAAAACUGCCGUUGCGCAGGAGGAUGUGGUGGAGACGGGUAGGGGGAAUGAGUUGAGUGGCGGGUUUAGGUAUGGGUUGAAUAGGAGGGGUACGGUUUAUGCGGGGCCUAGGCCGUUGAGAGGUCAUGGUGAGCAUAGGUAUUUUUUCCAAUUGAUUGCUUUAGGAGAAGGUUUGGAUCUGGGAAAGAUGAGCAAGGUUGCUACGCUGGAGGAAAUUGGGAGGGAGAUAUCGGUUGAGGGGCGCAUGUUAGCUUGGGGGGGAGUGGAUUGGUGUUGCGGAGAGGAAAUAGGGGAAACAUGGGAGUGGAGAGUUAGCUGUCAUCAUGCUUGA